AGAGCUCGGCACAGUUUCCUCGUUCGCUCCCUGUCGUUUUCCCUGCAAUUUUCUUGCACAACCACCGACCUGUUCCACCGCCCUCAGUCGAACCGAUGGUGGCAAAGCAAACGGACACUCGUAACGAAACUACUCUAGGGGAUCGGUUUAGGCGCCUGUGAUUCCUUCGGCUCUUCUUUCCGAGUGAUGGAAAGCAUGAAAAGAUUCACUUUGUAGUCGUACAAAUGUUCAAGCAGUGCGUCGAAACCUCUAAUUCGAAGAAAUCCAUGUUCCGAUCCCUAUAUCAGUUCAAUCGUAAAGGUGUUUUCUGUUAUAAUUAUAUCAAUUCGGAAUAAUUUUCCACCUGAAGAAAGUUGAAAUAAUAGGAAAUCGGUAUUUUCCAAGAUGUCGGUCGCAUCCUGAAAACGUGCGUCGGCGCAGUAGGCCACCCACUGAAGUCUUCUCGCGUGAAGGCAAGACGUCGCGUCGUGUCUUUAUUCGCGGUUCAGAAGUGCUGUUCACUACGCUGUAAAUAUUGAUAUUGGAUACAAAAGUGUUUAGUCCUUCAGAAAAAAUUCAUUGUUUAAUGUGAAGAAAAAUUGUAGUUCAGCGGUGAAAAAUCCAAUUUCGCGAUUGUGUCCCCCGAAGAGUAUUCGUAUGAGUUUGAUAAUAAUACUGCUGUUUUUGAAAAAUAUUUGUAUAUUUUUUAAUAAGUUAGUUUUACGUUGCUACAACUCGUUCCUGAUUCACCCAAAUAACAACCAACUGGAAAAUAGUGGAAAAUACGGAGGGAAUCGUUACCGUUCCAGGACUGUCGGUAACCACAAAGUGUACUACAACGAUAAGGACUUAAUAGUGCGACCUCGGCGGUCCCGUCGACUUCGUAACGAGCAGCAGCAACAGCAACAACAACUAAUGGUAGACAGGGACAUCUAUGGAAAAUACUAUUAGAAGUCGUAUGAACUCCUCAGAAAGGUCUAAGCAAACUCAGAUAAGCUUCUCAUCGUAUUGAUCAGCACCACAUCCCUGCAGCUUACUCUAGUCAAAGCCAAACGAAAUUGAAUCCUUUGUUGGCGCUUUCCACACUGAAGUUCGCUGACCCUCGCACCACGCAUUUAUUAAUAAAGAAAGAGAGGCCGAAAUAGGAAAAUCACAAACCACGACGCCAGGGCGCUCACAUAAUAGAGCUGAGAAACAUAAUGUUGCCGGAUUACUAAAAAUAUACAAUCAAUAUUGAAAAUUGUCUCAACUCAAAUGACCAUCCAGGAAUCUCGCAACUCUCUAACUGCACCCAGUUCCAGUGCUAGCGAAACAAACAAUUCCUCAGUAUCGAACAACAGCGGCGCUGGCAAUGGAGCGGUAGUCCAUUUUCCAAGUGGCAGUGCUGGUGUGACAGCGGUGUCUAGCACUGCAGGUGAAGUGGCCAGCCAAAUGGACAGCGAGCUAGCGGAAGCAAACAACAAUUUCAACCAAUAUCGCGCUGACAUACCCCUCCAAAAUGGGUGCGAAGACAAGUGGAGUUGGAGCAAGCGGGAUCGAUCGAAGGAGGUGUGGCUCAGCGGUGCCAACAAUCGAACGGUACAUUUUCAUCCGAACUGGAGCAAGGGAACGGCAGGCAUCCGCGGAACCCGGGUGCUCAACAACGGACGGUAUUACUGGGAGCUGAGUGUGUCGCAGCGGGUCUUCGGGACGAGUAUGAUGUUUGGCAUCGGCACCAAGAAGGCUCGACUGCAUGUAAACGCCUUCACCAAUCUUCUAGGAGAAGAUAACAACGGCUGGGGUCUAUCGCACAAAGGACUCCUAUGGCACGGCGGUUCCGCUCGGAACUAUACCAAGCGGUUCAAGGAGAAUCAAGCAACUACAGUUGGUAUCCUGUUCGAUGGGAUUGCUGGCACGUUGACGUACUACAAGGACGACGUGUGCUUAGGGAUCGCCUUCCGGGGGUUAAAUGAGAUCCGCGAACCCCUGUACCCGAUCGUGUGUUCGACGGCCGCCAAAACGGAAAUGGUGCUGGCCGAAACGAGGCGUGAUUUCGUCAACUUACAGGAUCGCUGUCGUGCGGUUAUAAUCAAACAGAUUCAAACGCGCGAAAAGUUGGACCGACUGAAUCUUCCCUACUGCAUUACCAACUAUUUAGCGGAGGCCCUAUCGGAUUGUAGCACCCCGGUCACACCGUUGGAGCAGCAGCUGAUCGACUACUAUCUGUUCUAGUUCAGCUAGCCGGCGAAUUCCCGAUACAAAAUGCUACAUUUUUACAAGUAUUUAUAUUGGUACUAUUUUGUAUGAUUAUUAUUAUCGAUGACUGUUAUUUUUAUAGCUAAAUUUGUUUUUGAAGGAUUAUUACUGAUCUCUUUUCUGUUGAUUAUUUAAAGCCGUACUCGGGUAUCAUGGUACAUGACUGUAGAAAUGCAUGAUUAGUUCGAUAAGAUAGUUUUAGAAUCCAUCCGGUUCUUGGCAGAAAUUUAUUUUUAUCAAAUUGGUGCAACAUAUUCAGUUAUGUAAAUGUUUAUUUGCAACGGUAGAAACAUAUUCAACCGCUAAUCACUGAUUAAUUUUGAUAACUGAAUAACUAUAACGAAAAUGUAUGGCACUAAACGACUGAGGCAUAAUGAUUGAAAAUCAACAUUUUCACUCUGAUGCAGGUUAGUUUCUCGAGAAAACUCGACAUUCACGAGUUCUAUUUUCGGUUCGAUUAUCAUAUUAUCGUAUCGAUUGGGAAAGCGGAAACAGUUUCGCUUUCCCUCUGAACGAUAGAACGCGAGUGAAAUUCUAGUCAUUAUCAGUGAGGUAGGAAAUAUAUGAAUGAAACUUUGCACUUAGUAAGUAUUUAGUCUAUAACAAGCACAUUCCAAAAUAUAUGGUGUAUGUAUUGCAAAUAGAUAUAGAACGGAUUUGCAUCAACAAAAGCAUGGGAAAGACAAAUCAGUGCGAAUGCGUGAAUGAAAGCGGUUCGUAAACAUUGUACAUAUAGGCGUUUAACGAGCAGAAAGGCUUGUCAGAACGAGAGUGACAUGUUGAAGGAUAAAUACAAUGAAUAAUGUUGAUGGGUGGAUAUAGUGUUAUAAAUGCAUUCACUGCCCUUUGCUAGUCUUUUGUUGACUCUGUCAUCAACUUAGCAGCAUUGGGUGAACGAGUUGAGACUACCUACUAUUCGAUAAUUUGUUUAUAAGUUUCAAAAUUACGGAGUCGAUUGUUGCUGGCCGGUUGUUUGAUUGAUUUGGUAUAUCCGAUGAAGAUAUUCGUAGAAAACUCAUAAUAUGCAUGAUAUUGGAAAAAACUGAGACGACCAUUGGCCGCUGAAUCCAAAUAAAAAAGUAAAAUAGCUUUCGAAAAAAAAUAUCUCAUGUUACUGAACAGUACCCGAGGUUUUUAACGUAAAUAACUGCGGUUGUACUGAACGCCACAACUAAAAUUUUAUACAAUAUAAUCGGAAAUAUUCACAGCAAUUAUUUAACUAAUUCCAUAUAAUAUACGAUUACUUGAAAAAAUUAACAGCAUUGAUUUUAUGACAGCAGUUAUUUACUCUGCUCAGAUUGGAGUGUUACUGUUUGACCGGCGAGCGAGUAUUUUAGUGCGUUACUGGCACCACCCCAACCAAUGAACGCUCAUAUAAAACCUGUAAGGAAAAUUUCUACCAGCAGCAUUUUCAAUGACUCAUACCAUUUUAUUUUGUUUCAACAAUGUUUCUAUUUAAAAUUCAAACAGAAGUAUUUGUUAAUCUAAACCAAAUACGUGCUUUCGAAAAACCCCAAUUUCAGUUUGAAACAGUCAUUAGUCAAGUUCGAAAUUCAACUAAUCGUUUUGUUAUUUAAAGGCCUGAUUCUUCUGCGUGUAAAAGUGAAUAAUAUACACGUUUAUUGUAAGCAGAGUACUAUGAAGGUUAAUACAUUGUAAAUGUGUUUCAAUUAAAUUCAAGGUUAUCAUGUAAACAGAUUCUCUAUAUUACCCAGGUAAAGGCUAGUUUACAGUUCGGAAAAUGAGUCACGGGAUUUGUGUCGGGAUUUGAUCAGGGAAAAUUUUCCUUCGAGAUCUCUCCAAACUGUAAAAACAAAAGUUCUGCUGCUUCUAAAACACCAACAGUAUCAAAAUAGCAACGAAUUUUAAACCUAAUAACAAUACCAUUUUCCCCGUCGGAAACAAUUUAUGUUGAGUUUUUCCCGGCCGGAUUUCUGCGUGGAGAAUUUUAAAAUCUCGUGAUGUUUCCCGCGGUUGGGUUUACACUUCAGGAAAACUCAUUUUUGUGUAGACUCAUUUCCCAUCACGGGAUUUAAAAUCCCGAGCUCCAUUUAAAAUACACAGGGCCCCAAAUCCCGUGACACGUUUUCCGAACUGUAAACUAGCCUUAACCAACAAGCAUUAGUGUAUGCAGUAAAAUAGCACAUAAUUUGCAUUUCGGUUGCUUCUUGCAGUAUAUUCGCAUUCUUUAUGCAUAUCCGUUGUUAAUCGGCAUUCAAAAAACUUAAAAACUUCUUGCCAGUAAUGUUUCAUCGUUUGGUCGUAAACAAGUAAAGAGUGAAUAUUAUAAUACGAACAAGGUCAAAGUAGACUGCCAUCAUAUGAGGUGCCCAGAUCAGAUGAGUAAAAAGCCAGGAAAUUCAAAAAUUUGAAAUGUUUAUGGUGACGCUAUUUUCCUGGAAUAGUUCGAUAAAAACCAUUUGCAUUGCAAUUUGUUUUCUUUCAAGCAUCACAAAGUUGUGAUGUAAUACCGCAGGAAAUUUGACAGAGAUUCAUUUUUUGCAAUGUUAUUUCUGUAUUCAAUCCAAAUCAAAAAGAAAAUUAAAAAAACUAUUCUUUUAAUAUCACCACGAAAUAAACCACUAUAAUGUCAAGAAUAUUAUCUAAAUAACAUAAAAAAGGAAGCAAUCCCCCGUUACACAUUGAAUUUUCAUAUAUAACGUAAAGGAAACCAAUCUUAAUUGAUUCAAAGGAGAGUUGAAACAGUACCCAUUGCUAGCGGAACCAUCAUCAUAGGGAUCUGGCAAAAAUACUAUUGGUUAAGAUUGGACAGAGAAUGGGCAAAUAUCGAAAACGAAAAAAAGCAGUUUUUUCCACACCGUGUGUUAGAUCUUCACAAAAAUCAAUCAGCUUAUGUAGAAUGUUGUUACAGUACUGCUGAUUGAUUUUUAUGAAGAUCCAACACACGGUGUGGAAAAAACUGCUUUUUUCGUUUUCGAUUUUUACCCAUUCUCUGUUCAACCUUAACAUCAUUCGAAGAUGUACAACGAAAGCAUUAUUGCCAGAUUCCUAACGGUAUGGUUUCGCUAGCAAAGGACACUGUUUCAACUAUAAUCUCAGAUUCCCCUAUCCUCAAACCAAAGAGCAAACAGCAUCUGCCAGCAACACAACCAAAUCGAUCUUCAACAGAGCACAAACGUAAACUACAAUCGGCAAAAAAUGAUUUAAUUCAAAAUUUGCUUAAGAUAGGCAUAAGGAUGGUAUAUUUAGUGAAAAACUCGUUUGAAUAAGUGUGCAAAACGAACGGGUUCUGAAUGGAUCGCGGUGAAAUCAUUCCCUAAAGCUGUGUUAAUUUUCAGUGCUCAGUAAAAUAAAUACUCUGAGCGUUGCUCAUUAUUCUAGUCGUAUAUGUUUUAGGUUCCUUAUUUAAUUGUAAUACCAUUAUUACUGUGAUGUAUGUAUUUCUGUUUUUGCUGAAUUGUGACAUUUCUUUAAACAAAACGCACAGUUUAUUUUAAUUGUAGUUGAAACCAACUGGAUAUUAGCCGUGAAAAUUCGACCCACCUUUCAAACGUUGUGGGUGAGUGCCAUAUUACACAAAGUUAAUCAUUUCGAUUGCCUGUGGAGGAACAGUGUAAAAAGAAAACCAAAGCUUACGAAUCGAUGUCUAAUUUUAAACGCUGAAACAUGCCUGCGGUGGAACUACUUAACUUAUUAAUUAGAUUUAUAGAGAAAUAUAUGUAGGAUGACUUCUUUUUCUCUUAUAUAAUUAAGUGCUGCCAGACCGCUUGGGCUAUUUUAAAGCAGCUAUGAUUUUCCAAGGACACACAAUUUUAGAGGAACUAAACUGUGUGUUCUUAAAUUUAUCAUAAUUGGGCCAUUGAGUGUGCAAUACCAAAUUAAACAAGAAACAUGACCGCAUGGAAGGUACUGAUAAUGUAACGAUUUUGUAGUUGAUAAGUAAAUUAAUUCAAUCUUGUCGAAGCCGACAAAUAAAUAAUAAUUCACAAUAAAACAAAAACCUACAUCGUGUAUUGUCCGGUCAGCUACUGAAGAAAUCUGUAUACUAGAUAACAGUUGAUAUACACACAACAGUUCAGCAUUCAAUGUAACAGCACUAGGAUGGUAUCAAGCAGGAUGAAGUCAGCUCAUACAAUGGAAUACAAAAUUGUGUAUCAGUGAUGACCACCUGAGCCUACACAGUAGGAGUCAUAAACAUUUAACGAAAAAUUUAGCCAAGUAAAUAAUAAUCCAUCAAGUAUAUUCAUU